AAUUUUAUUAUAAUUGGUGAGUUUAUCGACUAAUUGUGUGCUGCAAUCGGCCUGCAAAAAUGUCCCGCCGGUUGGCCAAAUUGAACCCGUACGAGCUGCAUAAGCACCUGAUCAACGAAUAUGUCUUGACGAAGCCGGGUACAACGAAGCAUCUGCAGAGGGACAGCUCCAAGGAUAAAACCGAUCACGACGUUAUUCGCGAGAACCACCGGUUCCUGUGGGAUGACGAAGAGAUUGAUUCGUGGGAGAAGCAGUUGGCCAGAAAGUAUUAUGAUAAAUUGUUCAAGGAAUAUUGUAUAGCCGAUCUGAGUCGGUACAAGGAGAAUAAGGUGGCAAUGCGUUGGAGAGUCGAAAAGGAAGUUAUCGCCGGGAAAGGUCAAUUUAUCUGCGGUAGUCGAGCGUGCGAAGCAGGAGAAACACUGCGAAGUUGGGAAGUCAACUUUGCCUAUCUGGAGCAUGGAUCGAAAAAGAACGCUCUGGUUAAGUUGCGGUUGUGUCCUAAAUGUUCGGAUAAGUUGAACUAUCACUCUAAGAAGCGAGAGGUCAAGCGGUUGAAGAAGCGGGAGCGACGUAAACAGAUUUUGGGGGAUGAACUUGAAGGACAUGAGAAGGAAAGCGUGGCGAGUGGAGAGUUGGAGGAUAAGGACGCUAGCACGACCGAUGCUAGCGAAACUGUUCAGCAUUCUGCUGAAUUGGAUGUUGAUUUAGAAAGUCAAAAUGAUUUACCCAGCUCCUCAGUGGCAUCAGCGGAAAAUUGUUGGUCUCAAGGUCCUAGCGUGGAAGAAAAAACAAGAGAAGAAGAGUUUGAUGAGUAUUUAGAGAAUUUACUACUAUAAUAAAGUUACAAG